UUCCUUUCUCACCCUCUCUCUCUUUCCUUCUUCUGAACUCAAUGUCAUCAAGUGCCUGUUUCCUUGUUCUCUCUCUGUCUUGGUGUUAGUUUUUUUUAUUUCCACUAUAAUUGUGUUUCAUGGUUUUUGUGCUUGGUGUGCGUGCUUAGUUUUGUCACCCUCCCCUGUAUCUUUUCUACUUUUGUUUCUUUCCUCACUUGCAGGCGUUUGUUCUCAAAGUGGGCAUGCACUGCACUGCAUGCAGGAAGAAGGUUGACCAACUGCUUCAUAAGAUUGAAGGGGUCGAACAGGUCGACAUAGAUGCAGAGGAGAAGAUGGUGACUGUCUCAGGCAAUGUUGAUCCUGCCAUCCUUCUGCAAACGCUAAAAAAGGCUGGUAACCGUGCAGAGCUCUGGGCCUCAGAGGCUGGAAAGAACGACGACCAGCUUAAGGAUGGGAAAGGGCAGCAGGAAGACAAUGGCAAGCCCAAAAAGGGUGGUGGAGGAAGAUGUAAAAAUAUGAAGCUCCCCCACCUGAAGGGCCCGAAGUUCCCCUUCGGCCGAAAGGAUAAGAAGUCAGUCAAGUUCGACCUUCCUCCCGAGAAUAGUGCGGAUGAAGAGAGAGGCAGCGAUGAGGAGAGAGACCACAACGAGGCUGAUGACAUCCAUGGAGACAACGAGGACAACCAAAACCAGGAUGAUGACAUUGACGGCGACGAUGAGGACAACCAAAACCAGGGUGAUGACGUUGACGAUGACAGUGAGGACAACCAAAACCAGGGUGGUGGUGGUGGUGAAAAUGGAGGAGGAAACAAUAACAAGGCGGCCCAGCCAAUGUUAUGCCCCUAUAUGAUGGCCCAGGGUUUCCACUGCAUGCAUCUGGGUCGGAUGGGGAGCAUGCCGCACGCCCCAAAGAGCCAUAUGGGGAAUAUUCCGGCCGGUGCAGUGCCGGCUGGUUACUUUCAUGGAGGCAUGGCGGCACCAGAGAUGUCUGCUCCUUCUACCAACCCCUACCGGCAGCAAUACAUGGCUGUCAUGAUGGACCAGCAGAGGAUGAUGAUGAGCGGUCAAACUGGCGGCGCUGCAAACCCGCCACCGCCAAAUGGUUACGGGACGCCAUACGCGCCACGUUAUGUGGAUCACUAUACCAACAUGUUCAGUGAUGAGAAUCCCAAUGCCUGCUCAAUUAUAUGAGCAAAGGAAGAGCUUGAUUACUUGGUGGUGUUUCUUCUUCUGUUUCCUCUCUCUUCAGGUUUUCUUUCUUCUUCGAGGCAGUAGGACAUCAGAGAAAUAUGGGUUAUUUAGUUUCUGGUAACUUUUUUCUCCAGGAUUAUUUAGUUUGCUGUGGCUGAGAAACAUGGCUUAUUUAGUUUUCAUUUUCCUUUUGUUUACUUCUUUCUCCAUCUUCUUCAUAGAACCUUUUGCUUGAUAAGAUAUAUGUUGUGUAGGUUUUAUAUGGAAGCUUUUGGGAGUAACCUUAUGGCUUUAUAUGAUGUGAAAGAUGAAAAUUAACCUACUGACGGAGCUGCUGCUCUGCUAGCUUUCAUAGACGUGUUAAUAUGUCUUUAUAAAGUUGAAGAUUAUUAUAA